AUGCCCUCUCAAACUGUGUUCCGAUUGACAUCAAGAAACGGCUUCGACGGGCUUCAGGCUUUCACCGAGCCGAUCCCAAGCGCGGGAAAACACGAAGUCCUUGUCAAAGUGCGAAGCGUGGCAUUGAAUUAUCGGGACAUCGCCAUCGCGACCUCGAAAUAUCCGCUCCCCGUGAAAGAUGAUGUGAUCCCUUGCUCGGAUAUGGCAGGUCAGGUUACCCAAGCGGGCGAUCUCGUGGACGAGAUCUCUGUAGGCGAUGCUGUGGUUGUGCCCGGCAGUCUGGCGUUGCUGUAUGGGCCCCUGAAGGAUGCACUCAACACGCUCGGCGGUCCGAAAGACGGCGUACUCAGAGAGUACAUCGUCGUACCGGCACAUGCGGUCGUCAAGCUGCCCAAUUCGUCUCAUAGCUUCAAUCAAUGGGCUGCAUUGGUGACAACUGGCUCGACAGCGUGGAAUGCAUUUUAUGGUUACACGCCGUUGAAGCCGGGGCAAACUGUGCUCGUUCUUGGGACUGGAGGAGUUUCGUUGACGGCUCUUAUCCUGGCCAAAGCUGCUGGUGCAACUACCAUCAUAACGUCGUCCAGUGACGAAAAACUCGAAUAUGUCAGAGCCACAUACGGUGCCGACCACACAAUCAACUACAAGACGCACUGCAACUGGGCUGCCGAGGUACAGCGCAUCACCAACGGCGAGGGUGUUGACCACGUGAUAGAGGUCAGUGGUGUAGGAACGAUUCAGCAGAGCCUUGAGUCGGUUUCAUGGGGAGGGACUGUCUCAGUGAUUGGAUUUUUGACGGAUGUCUCCCAAGAUCAAAUGCCCAAUGUUACUUUCCUCGCGCUGGCCAAAGGCGCUGUCCUUCGUGGCAUCUUGGGCGGGUCGAAGCAGCAACUCGAAGAAGUGGUCAGAUUUAUGGGGGGUCGUGAACUGUCGAUGCCCGUGUCCAAAACAUUUGGCUUCAAUCGAAAUGACAUUGUUGCAGCAUUCCAAUUCUAG